CGCAACGACAUGUCUUGUCCACAGGGGGAGAGACCACAUAUCUAGCUCGUAUAAACUUUUUGGAGUAACCGGGAUGGGAUCUUUUGUAUAUAACGUAUCCCCAGUAAAUCUCUUCGGGCCGCGAUGUCUCUACAAAUGACAGGACGGUUACUUCUGUUGUUGUUUUAUAUACUUGCGGAGGGAAAAGGGGAUGAUAAAUUGGAAAUUUUCGACGUACUUUCUAUAAUACGGGAUGGCGAAAUGCCAGAAGGAGUAUCCCGGGUUCCGGGUCGCUGUCAAUCGCCUCACACAGCUGACACUGAUCUAUCCGCGUUUUCCCUCAAUGAGAAUGCGACAAUCCAUCAGCUCGCUGCGGGAAUGUUUUAUAACACCUUUCCGGAAGACUUCUCUAUACUAGCAGUAGUUCGGCUAAAAGGAACAGACCAAAACCCGCUUUUCGUAUUAUAUUCGGACGCUGGUGAUGAACAACUGCAACUGGUGUUGGGAGAACUCAUCGAACUUUAUUAUGAGGACACGAGAGGCGAUCCUGAGGACCAUGAGCUUCUCACAUAUCGCAUCAACGUCACAGAUGAACGAUGGCAUCGCAUUGGUUUAAGUAUAAAGGGGGAUUCAGUGACGCUGCUUGUUGACUGCGAAGUGAAAGGAACUCUACCUCUUCUAAGAAAACCGGGGAGCACUUUUAAUUUAGCUGGUGUCUUAGUAGUCGGUACCCAAGUCACACCGGAUCAAUACUAUGAGGGUGAUAUUGAAUUGCUCCAAUUCGCUAAUCAACCGGACCUUGCGUAUGACAUGUGCUUGAACUUAGCAACAGAUUGUAAUAGCGGCUCAUACGAAUCCGAAUUAUUAGCAAGGACUAUUGACAGACAGGAACCUGCACUAAAUAAUAUAAUACCCGAUAUAGCUACAGCGCCUCCUAUAAAUUACUUGCUAGAAAAUAACAGCGAGUAUGGCAAUAAUAGAUUCCAAACUGAAAACCAAUCUACAAAUUUAUUCGCCUCUUUAAGUAGAGAUGUCACUACAGUGAAUCCGCAUUGGCAAAUUCCUGAAAGUUAUGGAUUCAAUAUACCUUACCCAGCUUCAACAGACAAUGAUGAGAAUAGUAUUUUUGGAAGAUUUACGGAUGUUGACGAAUUUAUUUCUACACCACCAAGUCAAUUUGAAAUUGCACGACCAGAUGCUUUAGAAAUCGGAUCACCACUGACAACACAAAGGGAUGAUGACAAACUGGACAUAUUGACUUUGGCGACAACAGAAUCAUCAUAUAUUCCUAUGACAACGACGGAAGACACAGAGUGGCUUACACAUCCAACCGAAAUUGUUCAGCAUAAUGAAUCUAUAAAUUAUGAUACAUCGGACACGUACUACGAUUAUGGUGGUACGGGAACUUAUAUGGGGCCGAGGGGAUAUCCGGGCCCACCCGGGCCCCAAGGACCUCGUGGACCUAAAGGAGAACCGGGAAAACCAGGUAUUGAAGGUCAGCAAGGCUUUCCUGGUGCACCUGGUCAUGUAUUUGUUGUGCCUUUGCAGCAAUCAGGCAACGAAAAAGGGCCUGAUGCGCAGUCUGAAGCAUUGCGGCAAAUUCUGACACAACAUAUGGCGGCAAUGCGUGGCGCAGAGGGGCCAAUGGGCCUCACAGGUCCACCGGGAUCAGAAGGUGAAAUAGGACCCGAAGGCUCUAAAGGUGAACAAGGCGAUCAGGGAGAACCAGGUCCUCCAGGACCAAGAGGUCUACAAGGACCACCCGGUCGCCUAGGUCGCCGCGGUCAUGCCGGUCGAGACGGUGAGAGGGGUGCACCUGGACCACCCGGAACGAAAGGGGAACAAGGUUAUCCUGGCCAAAUCGGAAUACCGGGUGAUAAAGGUGAAAGUGGAACACCAGGCAUCCAAGGUGAACCCGGUGCUACUGGUGCAGAUGGACCCCCGGGGGAUGAUGGGCCAACUGGACCCCCAGGCUUAUCAGGAGAAAUGGGGCCAAGAGGAUUCAUGGGACCGAGAGGUUUUCCCGGACUCGUUGGUUAUCCAGGAAUUCCAGGAAAUGAAGGCCCUCAAGGUCUUAAAGGAGCCUCGGGUCAGCCAGGGCCACCAGGAACUCAGGGCCAACCAGGUAUCAUGGGGCCUGCUGGUUCGCCUGGUCCUCAAGGACCAAUGGGUGCACCUGGACUUCAAGGUCCUCAAGGCAAACCAGGAAUGUCAGGUCUUCCAGGUCCAGAAGGAUCCCCUGGAACACCCGGAAAUCCAGGCCAGCAGGGUUCAUCGGGUGAAGCAGGUCCACCAGGGCCACAGGGUAUGUUAGGGUUUCCUGGUCCUCGUGGCUUAAAAGGAGAUGAUGGACCUCGAGGAUUGAUUGGUGAUAAAGGAGAUAAAGGAAUAAGAGGAAUCGAAGGAGAAAAGGGAGACAUGGGCUUAAAAGGAGAGAGAGGUCUAACUGGCGAACCGGGACCGCAGGGAAUUGAAGGACCUGAAGGGCAAAAAGGAAUGGAAGGUCCUAGAGGCGAAACCGGGUCAAUUGGUCCAACAGGUGAAAAGGGAUCUAUUGGCCCACAAGGACCACCAGGUUAUCCAGGCACUCAAGGAGAGAAGGGAGAUAAGGGAGCCUCGGGUAGACGGGGAAGAAGAGGAGCAAAAGGAAUUGCUGGCUUAGUGGGAAACCCCGGUGACCGUGGUGAAAGUGGUCCAAGGGGUUAUAGGGGUCCACGCGGAAGAAGAGGUUCUGAUGGUCCUCCAGGUCCAAAAGGCGACACUGGGCAACCUGGUCCACCUGGCUCGAUUGGCGAAAGAGGACCACAAGGAAUUGAAGGUCCACGUGGGUUUCCUGGCGCGAUUGGACUACCAGGAGCUGAUGGAAAAGCGGGUUUACCAGGCUUGCCGGGGGAACGUGGACCAACGGGAGAAACUGGAGCUCCUGGUCAAACGGGACCACCAGGAUUAGUGGGUCCACAGGGGCAAAACGGUGACCCCGGUCCACCUGGACCUCAAGGAACGUCAGGUACACCAGGUGCACCUGGCGAAAUGGGUGCAGCAGGUGAAAUGGGAAAGGAGGGACCUCCAGGACCGGCUGGACCAGAAGGAAAACCAGGGCCCGUCGGUUCACCUGGACCACCUGGUCAAAACGGUGAACCCGGUCCUCCUGGAACUCCAGGAAUGCCGGGGCAAAAAGGAGAUGUUGGUCCUCUGGGUCCAUCUGGUAUUAGAGGUGAUAAAGGCGAACAGGGUGAAACGGGUUCACAAGGGCCACAAGGACCACCAGGCCGGGAAGGACCUCGCGGGUCUCCUGGGCCUGGAGGCCAAAAGGGCGAAGUUGGGGAACCAGGACCUUUAGGACCUGUUGGAAGAGAUGGCUUGCCGGGUCCUAGAGGAUUAGCGGGUUCCCCUGGUCCUGUGGGCCCACCUGGAGAAGAUGGAGAUAAGGGUGAAGCGGGCCCACCCGGUGAAAAGGGUUUCAAGGGUAACAUUGGACAACCUGGACCACAAGGAUCGCCUGGUAUUCAAGGUUUGCGAGGUGAUAUUGGUCCAGUUGGUUUGCCUGGGGAAAAGGGACCUCCAGGAGAGCCUGGCCCUCCCGGUGCAACGGGAACAGAUGGAGUACGCGGCCCGCCAGGGCCAAUUGGAAAAACAGGUCCAGAAGGAAAAAAAGGCGAACAAGGAUCAAAAGGAGACAGAGGAGAUAUUGGACAAAUAGGGCCUCCUGGACCAAUAGGUUUGCCUGGGGUAGCAGGAAUACGCGGACCUAAAGGAAUUCAAGGAGAAAUAGGUCCUAGAGGCCCUGAAGGACAACAUGGUGAAGUGGGCAGUCCUGGCUUACCCGGCCCACCGGGACCACAAGGCCCAGAAGGGAAAAUGGGACAACGAGGUCCUAUAGGUCAGAAAGGUGAUGAUGGCCCGCCAGGUAUACAAGGGGAAAUGGGCCCUAAAGGACUUCCUGGUCCUGAAGGACCGAAGGGUGAUAUCGGUCCAGACGGGUUUCCCGGUGAUCGAGGUGAACCCGGUCCGCAAGGAAUAAAAGGAGAACCUGGAUUAGAUGGCCCUGAGGGUAGUCCGGGUCCACAAGGUCCGAUUGGUCCAACUGGUCCUAUUGGAAAACCUGGGGAAACUGGAAUGCCUGGUAAUCCCGGUGCUGAAGGACCAGCAGGAUCACAAGGAAGUCCUGGGUUAACCGGUGAAAAAGGAGACUCUGGACCUAAGGGUUCUCCAGGUGAACCUGGUCCUAUCGGGCCGCCUGGUCCGCCAGGGAAUGAGGGUCAGCGAGGAAUUGUUGGAUCACGUGGGCCUGUUGGUGACGUUGGUGCCCCGGGGCCUAUGGGAAUGACAGGUCCUCCAGGACCAAUCGGCGCUACUGGUCUUCCCGGGAUAAAAGGUGACAAGGGCAAUAGAGGUCCUAAAGGGCAUAUUGGUGAUACCGGUCCAGUUGGCUUAAAAGGCGAUCAAGGGGAAGCAGGGAAGUUGGGCCCUCCAGGUCCACCUGGAGGACCAGGUCUUAAAGGCGAUAUGGGGCCUGUGGGACCGUCGGGUACAAAGGGCGAUAUGGGACCGCCAGGUUUACCAGGACUAGAAGGUCCCAUUGGUGCAAAAGGACUUACAGGGCCAGAAGGCAGGCCUGGAUUACCAGGUCCUCCAGGUCCGCCGGGCCCUCCAGGUCCUCCUGCUCCCAUGCCACAAUUACCACCUGAACUAUUCACAAGGAAUAGGCGUCGCAGAAAUAUUGAAUCAGAUUCGAUCGAAACGACGACUGAUGAUAUAAUUGAUGAAGAUGAAGAAACAGAUUGGGCUCGAGAUAUUAUGACAGGUGUUCUGACAGCUAGAUCCACUUUAGAAUCGUCCAGGCGACCUUGGGGAACGAGAUCAAAUCCAUCAUUAUCUUGCCGGGAUUUACGGAUGUCACACAUAAAUUUAACAGACGGAUAUUAUUGGGUUGACGCUCGUGGCGGAGGUGCACGGCCGAUCCGCGUCUACUGUAAGGGACACAGCACGUGUCUCUAUCCCGAUAAGACUGAUCCAUCGGCUAUAUAUGUGGAAUCUAAUGGACAGAAAUUUUCCCAUCUUCAAAAGGGAUUUAAGAUAUCAUAUGAUGCUGAUGGACCGACAAUGGUACAGCUGCGAUUUUUAAGACUGCUGUCUAAUGGAGCAAGGCAGAAUUUUACUUACCUUUGUAUUAACGCAAAGGCCCCACAAAGAUCGGACAUUCCUGCUGAAUUAAUACGCUCAAGUAAAAUUAAACUAUUUGGACAAAACUCAUACGAAUUUCGGGAACCCCAAAUAAUUAAGGACACUUGUGAAGAAGGAUCUGGAGAAAUCGUUUUAGAAAUAAAAACAUCGCGUAGUGAUCGAUUACCAAUAUCUGACUUCCAGCCAUUAUCUUACAUCGACACUGAACACGAGUUUUCCUUUAUUCCUGGACCAGUAUGCUUCACGUAAAGUGAAAGAGAAAUCGUAACUAGUUAAAUAAAUAUGUAAAUUAGGCUUCAUUACAUUUAUGUACCAAGCUUGGACCUUGUAAAUAUUGUAAAUAAAAUGUUGUGAC